AUGGAUAGGGAGGGGAGGUUAACUGAAGUCUAUUUAAAAACGAAGACUCGGGAGGUAAAGACGGACUUCUACGAUUCCUGGAGCAAGCAGUAUGAAGAGGACAUGGAAUCUGUAGAAUAUCGUGGCCCAGCUGUUGUAGCAAGCGUACUGGCUAAAUUAUACUCCAAGGGUCGGCAGGAUGUCCAUAUACUGGAUGUUGCGGCAGGCACGGGUUUAGUUGGCGUAGAGCUAGCCAAAGAAGGGUUUAUCAAAAUAGAUGCAUUAGAUCCGUCCAAGGGAAUGCUAGAUGAAGCAAAAACAAAGGGUGUUUACCAAGCUAUGAUAUGUUCAUAUUUUGACGGAAACGAACAAGACAUUGCACCAAACACCUAUGAAGCCAUAGUCGUUUGUGGAGCUUGUAACAACAGCCAUCUUCCACGUGAAUGUUUGUGGGAAGUCGUGCGGCUACUUAAACCAGGUGGAUAUUUUGUGAUGGCCACGCGCCCAUCCCUGUUGGAAACAGCUGAAGACUACAAGGGGAAUUUUGACCUUUUGAUGGAUGAGAUCGAAAAUCAGGGAAUAUGGAAAAGAAAUGCCAAAGAGAUUGUGCCUAAUUACCACAAAAAUAAGCAGGGCAUUAUAUUUGUAUAUCAACUUAAGUAA